AUGACACCUUCAACGACAUUGGUGUUAAGCACACCAGAGCAUGCCAGCCCAUCAUCUCAAACUGGGACACCCACUGUCCCUGAGAAGUCAACUUCAACUCUACCCUCAUCAACACUGGACAAAGUCGAUGACACAAACAAACCUCUCCCCGUGACAACUAUGGCAGUUACAAACACCUCUUCACCCACCACAGCCAUCCCAAGGACCACUGUUCUUAGCACAGCCACAGCUGAGACUCAGGAAAAGGACACUACAGCUGAACCCCCAACUCUAGGAACAAUCUCCACAACGAGCAAGCCACCAGACACCCACCAGAGCACAGUCACACAGACACAUUCCCAGCCAGCACAGGUGACUUCUGAUGUUAGCAUGACUCUAGGAACAACCCCAUCAGCAACAAAGUUCACCAACACUGGAUUGGUAUCAUCAGUGUCCCCAAACCUCAGGGACACUGAUAGGACCGUGAUGACACCUUCAACGACCGUGAUGACACCUUCAACGACAUUGGUGUUAAGCACACCAGAGCAUGCCAGCCCAUCAUCUCAAACUGGGACACCCACUGUCCCUGAGAAGUCAACUUCAACUCUACCCUCAUCAACACUGGACAAAGUCAGUGACACAAACAAACCUCUCCCCGUGACAACUAUGGCAGUUACAAACACAUCUUCACCCACCACAGCCAUCCCAAGGACCACUGUUCUUAGCACAGCCACAGCUGAGACUCAGGAAAAGGACACUACAGCUGAACCCCCAACUCUAGGAACAAUCUCCACAACGAGCAAGCCACCAGACACCCACCAGAGCACAGUCACACAGACACAUUCCCAGCCAGCACAGACAGACUCAAGCUUAGGCACUGUUACAGCCCAAUCACCCAAGCCUUCCACAGUCUUUAUCUAUAGCUCCUCAGACAUAACCAAAUCCUCCACCAUAAUUGGGACCAGUCCGGCAUCCCCAAACUCUACCCAGAGUAGUGGUCCGGGAGGUGGUGCCUGUGCUUUGGAUGAGUAUCUAGACAGCACCGGAGUUUGUAUGUGCAAUGAUAGCUACUACUCCCAUUUGGAACUGUCCAGGGAGAUAGGGACCCUGCACUGCAGGAAAUGGGAUAUUAAGGUGGCUCUGAGGACCUGUCUCCUGAAGACUCACCACUGGGUCCUGAAGAAAGAUGCCUUCUCUAGUUGUUCCAGUAUCAACACCACAGAGCAGGGUCGCCGGGUCCAGGUCUUUCAGUUGAUGAAGAAGGAAGGGACUUGUGGACUACACAUCUCUACUAACACCAGCCAUGCCCUGCACUCUUUGGAUGUGCAUCUUGAACCGGCUGUCCCUGGCUCCAAAAACCCUGACUUGGGAGUGCUCCACUUCAGCUGCGCAUACCCCCUGGUGGUGAAUGUCAGCCAGCCUGUCUCCUACCAGGAGGACUCCAUUCCCACCAUCCACACCAUCCACGUUCCCAGUACCGGAGAGACCAUCAUCACCCUGAGCAUCUUCACAAACUCUGAACUCACCACUCCACUCAAGAACAGCACAGCUCCUGUGGGCAUGACCCUCUACGUGGUCCUCAAGUCCACCAACAGUGAUCCUGACCGAUUUGUCCUGGUGGCUAAUGAGGUCUUUGCCAGUAGCAACCCCUCCAACACAGUGGCUAAGGCCACCUAUCAUUUUGUGAAGGAGAGCUGCCCAGUCCAGGGCCGGCUGCUCCAGGACUUGAGCAACGGGGCCUCCAUACAUGUAAUUCUGGCCUUCACUCUGUCACGAUUCUUGAACAGUGACAUGCUCUACCUACACGCCCAAGUGACCCUCUGUGACAAGCAAGCAUCCCGCCUAUGCCAACCAUCUUGUAGUGGGAAGGAUCCCCUGCGGAGAAAUUCACCCUGGAACUCUCGAGCUGGGACCCGUCUGGAACCUGGCAGUAGCCCCAGCUCAUCUGCCAAGACCCUCCCAAUGUCUUGUUCUGAGACCCUGGGCUUUCACUGA